AUGGGGGAUGUUCUGGCUCACGAAUCAGAAUUACUUGCACUAGUGAAAGAGUAUUUAGAUUUUGCUGAAUUUGAAGACACCUUGAAAACAUUUUCAAAAGAAUGCAAAAUAAAAGGAAAGCCAUUAUCUAAAACAGCAGGUGGCUCUUUAAGGGAUUCCAAAUCACUGGUCAUCCAGAAGGACCUCAUUGCUGCAUUUGACAGCGGAGACCAGAAGGUGUUCUUCGAUCUGUGGGAGGAGCACGUUCCCAAUUCCAUCCGUGAUGGUGACCCCCUUGCCCAGAAGUUGGAAUUCUAUCUUCACAUCCAUUUUGCCAUCUAUCUUCUGAAGCACUCCGUGGGGAGACCUGACAAAGAGGACCUGGAUGAGAGGAUUUCUUAUUUCAAAACCUACCUGGAGACCAAAGGGGCGGCGUUGAGCCAGACCACAGAGUUUCUCCCUUUCUACGCUCUGCCUUUUGUUCCCAACCCCAUGGUACACCCCUCGUUUAAAGAGCUCUUCCAGGAUUCUUGGACUCCAGAAUUAAAGUUGAAGUUGGAAAAGUUUCUGGCUUUAAUUUUUAAAGCCAGUAACACGCCAAAGCUUUUAACAUUAUACAAGGAGAAUGGACAGAGUAACAAAGAAAUGUCACAGCAGCUCCACCAGCAGCUGAUAGAAGCCGAACGUAGGUCAAUGACGUACCUGAAGCGGUACAAUAAGAUCCAGGCAGACUACCACAAUCUCAUCGGGGUCACAGCAGAGCUGGUGGAUUCCCUGGAGGCCACGGUCAGUGGCAAGAUGAUCACGCCGGAGUACCUGCAGAGCGUAUGCGUCCGCCUCUUCAGUAACCAGAUGCGACAGAGCCUGGCCCACAGCGUGGACUUCACGCGGCCUGGGACGGCUUCAACCAUGUUAAGAGCCUCCUUGGCACCAGGGAAGCUGAAGGAUGUCCCAUUGCUGCCCUCCUUGGAUUAUGAGAAACUGAAGAAGGAUUUGAUUUGGGGGAGUGACCGCUUGAAAGCCUUCUUGUUGCAGGCUCUGCGCUGGCGCUUGACCACAUCCCAUCCUGGAGAGCAGAGGGAGACCGUUCUGGAAGCCUACAUUGGCAACGACCUCCUGGACUGUCACAGCCACGGCCAGAGGAGUGUGCUUCAGCUGCUGCACUCCAAGAGCGAGGUGGUGCGACAGUACAUGGCCCGGCUCAUCAAUGCCUUCGCGUCCCUGGCGGAAGGUCGUCUCUACCUGGCCCAGACCACAAGGGUGCUGCGGAUGCUGGAGGAAAGGCUGAAGGAGGAAGACGAGGAUGUUGUCACCCGGGAGAACAUUCUCGGGGCCUUGCAGAAGUUCAGCCUCAGGCGCCCGCUGCAGACAGCGAUGAUUCGAGACGGCCUCAUCUUCUGGCUGAUUGAUAUUCUGAAGGACCCCGACUGCCUGUCUGACUAUACGCUGGAGUACUCGGUGGCUUUGCUCAUGAACCUCUGCCUCCGGAGCGCAGGGAAGAACAUGUGUGCCAAGGUGGCAGGCCUGGUGCUGAAAGUUCUUUCGGAUCUGCUCGGCCAUGAGAACCACGAGAUACAGCCGUAUGUGAACGGAGCUCUGUACAGCAUCCUUUCUAUUCCGUCCAUUCGUGAGGAAGCAAGGGCAAUGGGAAUGGAGUACGUCCUCCGCUGCUUCAUCAAAGAAGGCAAUGCUGAAAUGGUUCGCCAGAUCGAAUUCAUCAUCAAGCAGCUUAAUUCAGAGGAGCUACAGGAUGGUGUUCUUGAAUCUGAUGAUGAUGAAGAGGAAGAUGAUGAAGAGGACCAUGACACUAUGGAAGCUGAUCUGGACAAAGACGAGCUGAUCCAGCCCCAGCUUGGAGAGCUCUCAGGCGAGAAGCUUCUGACCACGGAGUACUUGGGAAUCAUGACCAACACGGGGAAGAUGAGGCGGAAGGGCCUGGCCGGUGUGCAGCGCAGUGCCGACGAGCCCCUGUGCCGGCCCGUCACCCCUGGCGGCCACAGGACAGGGUACCCAGUGUAA